UUUGGGAGUCAGAAUAUAAAUAUUCCGACUGUAAGCCUAGAUGUUUUGGUGUUUUUGCUCGGGUUAAUAUGGUUCACACGUGCGUGGUGGCAGGAUGUCGGAACCGGAGGACUCCCGGAACCGCGUUAUCCUUCUACAGAUUUCCGCGCGAUCCGGAGAGGAAGCAGCGAUGGAUUGCCGCCGUGAACCGUGAGGGCUGGGUGCCAAACGAGGGCAGCAGACUCUGCAGUAACCACUUCAUUUCAGGUAAACAAGAGAAGAAUCCCAGAUCUCCAGACUACGUCCCUUCGGUCUUCACCUCUGCUCCUCUAUCCCCAAACGCUAAAGAAGCAAAUCCAUUUGAGCCAUAUGACAAACAAGAAGCACAAGUCGAGGCUGCAAAUGCCUUACUUUUCCUACAAGGUCAGGGACGUUUUAAUGAAGGCCAUAGCCAUGAACAGUGUCAAGGUGAACCAGAAAGCACAUCCUCUUGUCUGUACAGUGACGAUGAAAGAAAGGAAGAAGGUGAAGGGACCGAAGAGACUCUGUCAGAAAGUGAAAACGAGGGCAAAGAAGAAGAACCACCUGGAAACAGUUUUACAACGUCUGUCAUUUAUGAGGCCAAAGUGAAUGCCCUCAAGAAAGAGAAUAUGAAACUGAAAGAGUCCUUAGAGAAGAUGUCUCUCACUGAAGCCUCUUUUAAGAAUGAUCCAGAAAAGGUUUUGUUCUACACAGGAUUACCCAACUAUUUUGUCUUCGAGACAGUCAUGUGGCUUCUUGUGCCUCAUAUGAAAGAGGACAAAAAUGCAAAGCUUUCAAAGUUCCAGCAAUUACUUUUGACUUUAAUGAGACUCAGGCUUGAUCUGAGGAAUCAAGACUUGGCUUACCGUUUUGGAGUUAAAGUUUCCACAGUAACGAGGACGGUUCAUCAAAUCAUCAACAUAAUGUUUACCACGCUGGUGCCCACUGCUGUAUUCUGGCCAUCUAGAGUGGAACUCCGAAAAAACCUGCCAGACGCCGUGAAGUGUACGCAUCCAGACUGUGCUGUGAUAAUCGACUGCUUUACAGUAUCCCUUGAAAAAGCAGUCAGUAUAGAUGCACAUCGUCAUGGUGCAAGAGCAACGAGAGAUCUGAGCACUCCGUCAGCACAGUCUGCUUUUGUCAGCGAGCUCAAAUACGUUAUUGGUGUUGCCCCCCAGGGGGCAGUUAUGUUCGUCUCCAGAGGAGCACCUGGCAACAUUAGUGAUAAGACUCUGGUUGAGAGCUGCGGUCUCCUUCACAAGCUCCUGCCUGGUGAUGUGGUUCUGGCUGAACAGGAUUUUGACAUUAAGGACUUGGUCGGGGUUCACAGAGCUGAGCUCACAGUCACUAACAGUGAACUUCAUGACAUAAGCCAGAGUAACACGGACACAAAAGCAGAGGCGUCACAGUCUGCUACAGAGAAAAUUAAUGUGUGUAGGCAUGUGGAGCGGGUGAUACAAAUGGUCAAAAAAAGAUAUUCUAUGCUGUCCGGUCCAGUAGAGAGCGCUUUUACUGUUGUAGAUCGUAGCACCAAUGUGACCACUUUUGACAAGAUGGUACAGGUUGCAUGUGCCUUAAAUAACCUGUGUAUUUCUGCUGUUCCACUUGACUGAAUUACACCCUAUAAUAUUGAAAAUAUCAAGAGGAUACACAUUGUUCCUCAAAGGAUCACAAUUAACAGACAUUUUAUGCCUAUGGUAACACAUAUUGUAGCUGUGUCAGUUGUUUCCGUUUAUACUGAGCCUCUAGAUAUUAGCGAGGGUGAAGGCUGCACAAUGCAUGUUAAGCCUAACUUGUCAUCUCUCUAAACCUAAACCUAUCUAACUCUAAACCUUUAGCAGCUGGUGCUUGUAUCACGGUGAAAAUAUUUAGCUUUCUAACUAGAACUUGUCCUAGAGUUAGUGUGAACAAAGUGCACCUAAGGUUAAAUCCAGUCACUUAGUUUGUACUUAUUCAUAUGUUAUUUAUCUAUGAAAUAUAUGCAACUUGCUGCUUACAAGGAAUUUUUUUUUUUUAGUACUGUUUAAGUUUAAUCAUUC